AUGUCCGCCGGUUCCAUGAGCUGGAAUGGAAGAACCAUCUUACGUCCAGCCCUACCGGUCCUUCGCGCAUCCUCUAGAGCAUGGCUCGUCUCAUCGCGAUGGGCGUCUUCUGCACGAUUACGCAGCAAACCUACGAGAAUGGCCCUGUCCCCGAAUGUAGCCAAAGACAGUCUUAAGAAGAAAGACCGGGCUCGCAGUGAAAAGGGUCCAUGGUCAAAUCUCAACCAAACCACUCCCCGGCUCCGCGGCGAAGCAAAGGCAAGGUCGCAAGCAGCCAUCAAACGGUCGUCGCGAGGCCGAGAAGGGGAAGAGGAAGGGAUAAGGAAAAAGGAGGAAUCGCCUUUAUACAAAGCUUUGAAGAUGCAAACUACGCUAUCUCCGCUGAGCUACGGUUUGCGAAAUGUGAUCAAAGAAAAAAUCGCCAGCAUUAUGAAUUUCGAUCAAUUCAAGCUUCUUCCUGUUGUACAAGACUCGAUCCUCACGCAAGCCUUACCCGACCUCGUCGAUGUCUCGCCCACCCCCAUUCAGAGCGUCGCCAUUCCUGCGUUAUUACUCAAUGAAGACAGCAAAAAGACGACCAAGAAGAAGAAAACAUCCGAAAUUGAAUACAAUUACGAACAGUUCCUAUUAGCGGCAGAAACAGGGUCUGGCAAGACUCUGGCUUAUUUGGUACCUUUAAUUGAUAACAUUAAGCGAACCGAAAUGGCAGAAAAGAUAGAAGAGGAGAAGCAGUUAGCUGAAAAGGCUAAAGAGAGCGAGAAGAGAGCCAAGGAGCGCGCCUUAGAACUCGAGCCUCCUGAAUUGUCAGAAAAUCUUACUACCUCCGCGGGGCGACCGAGGGCGAUUAUCCUUCUACCAACAUCAGAGUUGGUUUCGCAGGUGGGUGCAAAGGUCAAAGCCUUCUCUCAUACCGUCAAAUUCCGUUCUGGACAUAUUUCCUCCUCCGAUACACCACGCAAGAUCCGGAAUGUGGUUUUCAACCCCGCUGGUAUCGACAUACUCGUUUCGACACCGCAUCUGCUGGCAUCGAUUGCCAAGACUGAUCCAUAUGUUCUGAGUCGGGUUCAACACAUCGUUGUCGACGAAGCUGACUCUCUUUUGGACCGGUCUUUUGGGUCGAUAACAACGGGUAUCAUCGAUAAGGCUGCUGGAUCGCUGAAACAGUUGAUAUUGUGUUCCGCCACCAUACCCCGCAGUCUUGACACUUUCUUGCGCAAGAGGUAUCCUGACGUUCGUCGUCUCGCCACGCCGAACCUUCACGCUAUUCCACGACGAGUCCAGCUCGGUGUUGUAGAUAUUGAAAAAGAGCCGUUUCACGGCAACCGUAGCCUUGCCUGCGCUGAUAUCAUAUGGUCUAUCGCCAAGUCCGGCGAAACGGAAUCAAUGGGAGAGUACAACCCGUUCAUGGAAAAGGAAGUCCGGAAGAUCAUUGUAUUUGUCAACGAGCGCGAAGAAGCCGAAGAAGUUGCCCAAUUCCUACAAAACAAAGGUAUCGACGCCAUCCCAUUCUCGCGAGACUCCUCGAAACGCUCACAGGAGCUCGUCGAAGAAUUCACAUCACCCAGACGUCCACCAACCACAGAGGAGAUUAUGGAAAUGCAAAAGAUGCGUCGUAUACAAAAAUCUUCACUCCCCUUUAUUCUACCAGAAGAGCAACAAGAGUUUGGAGUAACCAAACGCUUACCAAAUACCAAGGUCAUGGUCACGACUGACUUGGGUUCCCGCGGUAUUGAUACUUUGCCCGUCCGAACUGUGAUUCUGUAUCAUGUACCUCAUACAACAAUCGAUUUCAUCCACCGGCUGGGCCGUGUUGGACGAAUGGGAAAACGUGGUCGGGGUAUUGUUCUUGUUGGUAAGAAAGACCGCAAAGACGUUGUGAGGGAAGUCCGUGAGGCAAUGUUCCGCGGUCAGGCCUUGAUUUAG